AUGGAUAAUUACCAGGAGCCUAUGGCAGCAGGCCUGCUCACGGCUCUUGCCUCUUCUCUCCUCCCGACUCCGACCUCGACCCCAUAUAGCUACCCCUCGCACGCUCCUUUUCCUUCCUCGACAUCGGAUCUUGGACAUAAUAAUGGUGGACAUGGAGGGAAAAUGCGCGAAUGGUCGUCGCUGAUUGGCAUUAUCACGGCACUGGUCGGUAACGUGCUUAUCUCUUUGGCACUCAAUAUUCAGCGCUACGCUCAUAUCCGGAUCGCCCGGGAAUAUGAGCACGAUAAAUUACUCCGAGAGGCGGAUUGGAAACGGACACAUUCUGAAAGGAGUACGGCGGGAUCCUACGGUGCUGUUGCGGGGCAUGGUUAUGUCGAUGAUGAAACUCGACGAGGGAGGGACACCGGCCGGUAUAUGGAUGAGUCUCCUGAGCGUCCGCGCCACGAAGAAUCUCGCGAUCACCCUAGACAAAGUAACGACGCUAGAGGUGAGGAGCAUGACCAGCUGCGUCAGUCCUUCUCGUCGGAUCAAACGGCUCAACCUGGAGAUAAGGAACUGCAGCAUGGACACCGUAAAUCCUACCUCCGGUCCCCAUACUGGUGGGUUGGAAUUAUACUCAUGUGUAUCGGCGAGACGGGCAAUUUCAUGGCCUAUGGAUUUGCCCCGGCAUCGAUUGUGUCGCCAUUGGGUGUGGUGGCAUUGAUUUCCAACUGCAUCGUCGCACCCUGUAUGCUCAAAGAGAAGUUUCGCAAACGUGAUUUCUGGGGUGUGCUGGUUUCUAUUGCUGGCGCCGUCGUCGUCGUUCUCAGCGCCAACUCAUCUGAAGGAAAGAUCGGUCCCCAUGAAAUUUGGUCCAUGAUUACACAGUGGGAGUUCGAGCUGUAUCUGGGUCUCACGGCGGGUUUGAUUGUUACUCUCAUGUGCAUGAGCAGCAAGUAUGGCCCCCGGACAAUUCUGAUCGAUGUUGGGCUGGUGGCCCUUUUUGGUGGAUAUACUGCCUUGUCUACAAAAGGUGUCUCCUCGCUGUUAUCAUUCAAACUCUGGCAUAUAAUUACCUUUCCCAUCACCUAUCUCCUGGUCUUCGUCCUUGUUUUCAGCGCUUUGAUGCAGAUCCGUUACAUCAACCGGGCUCUCCAACGUUUCGAUUCCACCCAAGUCAUCCCGACUCAGUUCGUUCUCUUCACUCUGUCUGUGAUUAUCGGAAGUGCGGUCCUAUAUCGUGAUUUCGAAAAUUAUACACCCUCACAUGCGUCAAAGUUUGUAGGCGGUUGCCUUCUGACCUUUCUAGGCGUGUACUUCAUUACCAGUGGCCGGGUUAGUGCUGACGAUGAGUCGUCUUACUCUGCGGAUGAUGAGGAAGAAGCCAUUGGCUUGCUUUCGGGAGAACGGUAUCAUGACCAUGUUGACGUUUCGCCCCCGGGACAUCAAUUCAAAACCCACCAGCCGGCACAAAAAGUCAUUGAAUCUCAGGAUGAUCCCGAGUCCCCUUCCGGGUCUCUGUUCAGCCAUGGCAUCGAAGAUGUUGAUGAUGGCCAGGUCACCCCGAGGGGAGUUUUGUCUGCUGCCCCGUCAUCACCAGUUGGCUCUUUGACUGCCGAAUCUCUCACUGCGCCAUCUCCUGAACAUGCCUCCCCCAUGCCACCGAAUUCACUGAUUACCAAUCCAUGGGCCGAAUCGUAUGAACAAUUUGCCGUGGCUACCAGGCCUCCAGCCCAGAUUUCCCGCCCAGUGACUCCCCCGGCACAGUCUAACCACGCGAAUGACUCGACAGUCCAGCUUCGUUUUCCACCAGCGCCUGGUGCUGAUGACCCUAGCCCAUCAGGAGGCGACAAUGCCCAGCCAAAUGGCCUUAUCCGGACUAUCCCCGAAACACCACCGCCACGUCGGCUAGCAAACCCUCUAUCCGCACGCUUUUCCCCAGGGCCCUUCCUCCCAACCCUUUCCGCAGGAUUCAGCGCUGUAGUGGCAGAAUCUCUACGCCGUGGUGAGGGGAGUCCUGCAAAGGAGCGAAAGGCUAGGCGUCGAAUGAGUCGAACAAAGCAAUUAAGUACGACUAUCUUAGAUGGCUUUCUCCGCGACCGAACCGGCGAUUCCAGACCGGGGGAACCCAACCAGAAUGAAAAUCACAACUCCCCAUUCACAUUAACAACAUCCCGUCUCCAGUCCGCGGUUGAUCUUCCUUCGGGCCCUGCAACAACCGUCGGCCACUCCACCCCGGUCUUGACUCGGGAAAGCUCCCAACCUGAAUCUUCAGACCGCGAUGUCACAUCAAUAACCCGGCUUCGAAGUCUGAGCGACUCCUGGAGUGGCGGGCUAGCAUGGCUGGGUGGAAAUCUGCGGAAGCAACACAAGCCAGAGAGGACUGAAGCUGGGGUUGGACAUGUGGAGGAGCUCGACGAAGACGAAGACGAAGGCAGAAGACACGGGAGAUAA